CAUAUGAAAUUUUUUAAAUUUCAUGAAUUUCUCCUACCAAUUUUAUCUCCUGUUCAAUAGCUUUUGAAUCAUGAAUGUCAUCAUCCAUGUUUUGGGUUGUAUUUUUAGUUCGUUUGGGUUUUUUUCACUGUAUUGGGUUAUAUGCUAGUUUUAAUUUUUUUUCCCCCCUGAUUUUUAUUGGCUUGUUUUAGUAUAAUUCCAUGAUAUUGCAAACAGUUGUGACUUUUUUGACUGCAGCAGGUAGAAAUGGAAUAAAUUAACUUUAUAUGCAGCUCUAUAACAGAGUACUUUUUUUUUUAAUUAAGCAACUGCUAUUACUCCUACUGAACAUAUUGCUUGAGCAAUAGACUGAACGCCUGUUUAACCUUCUGUCCUGCCACUACCUUAUCUUCAAUGUCUUGCUUGCAAAAAUUUAACUUUUUUAGCAAGGAUCAGAUGUACUCAGAUCAGAAUAAUCAGUCUUAGAUGCAAUGGGAGACUUCAAUAAAGAUUGAAGGGAUCUUGUCCCACCAUCCAGGUUAUCAGUGCUAUGGAAGACAUCACCUUGAGGUGUCUGGAUUAAAUCAUAGCUUAAUUUAGUGUUCUGACCAUAGCAAUAAGAAAGCAUGAAAGGGGCAGGAGGGAAGAGAAAGAUCGGUUGAAUGACUGUGAGACCCAAGAUCCCAAAUGACCUAGUUACAUUGCUGAAUAGGAAAAUCAAGCUUCAAAGAAAGACGGUUGUCCAGUUUGUGGAGUCCACAGGACUAACUCAAAUCCCAAAGACAUAUAACCCUUGGACGCAGGGGUUGGCGUAAGAAAAGAAUCAAGAUAAUAAUAAAUCUGUGCACUGUUUGCCAUGGUUAUUCAUAUCCCAGAGUUCAUAGUUUCCUCCUUUACAAUGUGGCUGGAUUAGAAGGAAGAGACAAUUUUAGGGUAAUCUUUUACAACCAUGUCAGUUAUUAAAGGAAAGAAACAGUCAACUGACUCAAUGUAUGUUUUGGUCUGCAUCAUAUCCCUCAGCUAUGGAAGCACACCUCAGGGGCACGUUGUCUGUAUAGUUUUCUCCAGGGAAAGCUGACGUGCAUUUUUGAACCACCAGACAACUUGAAAGGGCAACCAGCAUAGCAACGAAGUUCUUUUUUCACCAGUUUUGGGUUCUUCAUCCAGCUUCUUCACUAGCACAACUUGCAGCCAUGAGAACUUCACUUUCUUUCUUCACGAUAUGGAAACAAAUCCCUAGAUUAUUUCCCAGAUACUCGAGGCAUCUCAGCUCUCCCAUAUGUGCACAGUAUGAAGCUGUAAGCCAUGGACAGCACCAAUUACCAGAUUAUUUCAACUUUGCAAGCGAUGUACUGGACAGAUGGUCACAAAUGGAAAAGGAUGGAAAAAGAUCGUCCAACCCAGCCCUGUGGUGGAUAAAUGGAAGAGGAGGUGAGGUGAGGUGGAGCUUUGAAGAGCUGGGAUUCCAAUCCAGGAAAGUGGCCAACAUACUCACAGACCGAUGUGGACUACGCCAAGGCGACAGAAUCCUGGUCAUUCUAUCCCGGAUUCCAGAAUGGUGGCUGGUGAUGGCAGCUUGCAUUAGGACAGGAAUUGUCAUCAUCCCUGCAACAUCUCAAUUAACUGCUAAGGACAUAGAGUACAGACUCCAAGCUUCGGAAGCCAAAUGUCUCAUCACUACAGAUGCCUUAAUACCUGUGGUGGAUUCCAUUGCCCCAAAGUGUAACUUCCUGAGAACCAAACUGAUGGUAUCUUCUGAAGGCAAGCGAGAAGGAUGGUUGAACUUUGGUGAAUUGCUUAGAGAAGCGCCUGACAACCACACUUGUGUGAAAACAAAGAUGCAUGAUCCCAUGAUGGUUUAUUUCACCAGUGGAACCACAGGGAAUCCCAAGAUGGUCGAACACACUCAAGGAAGUCUAGGGUUCAGACCCAUCAUUGGUAAAAGAUACUGGCUGGAUGCAACCCCUUUGGACGUGGUAUGGAGCACAGCAGAUACUGGCUGGCUGGUUGCUAUCUUGGGCUCAUUUUUUGAUCCAUGGGUUUCUGGAUCAUGCGUCUUCAUCCAUAGCCUACCACAAUUUGAGACAAAGACCAUCCUAAGUACCCUCUACCAAUUUCCAAUCACCAUUUUUGUGAGUCCUCCUACCUCGUUUCGCAUGUUCUUGAAGGAAGAUCUCACCAGAUACAAAUUCAUGAGCCUGCAAUACUGUAUAAGUGGAGGAGAACCAUUAAACCCUGAAGUGAUGGAACAGUGGAAAAACAAGACAGGAGUGGACAUCUAUGAAAUAUAUGGACAGACAGAAGCAGGCGUAAUUUGUUCAGUUUCCAAAAAAAUGAAAAUUAAGCCCGGCUCAAUGGGAAAGGCAGCUACACCUUAUGAUGUUCAGAUUGUAGACCAAGAAGGAAAUAUUUUAUCUCCUGGGGAAGAAGGUGAAAUAGCUGUCAGAGUGAAGCCCAAAAGACCACUUGGUCUGUUCACUCAGUACAUUAAUGCUCCCAAAAAAGCAGCUAUGUCAGAACAAGAGGACUUUUUUCUCACUGGAGACCGAGGAGUGAUGGAUGAAGAUGGAUACUUUUGGUUUAUAGGACGAGCUGACGAUAUCAUCAACUCUUCUGGGUAUCGUAUCGGACCAUUUGAAGUAGAAAGUGCGCUCUUGAAGCACCCAGCAGUAGCUGAAGUAGCCGCUGUCAGCAGUCCAGAUCCAAUCAGAGGAGAGGUAGUAAAGGUGUUUGUGGAGUUGUCUACGAGCUAUUCAACGCAAGACAAGGAGAAAUUAACCCUGGAGCUACAGGAACAUGUGAAAAAAAUGACUGCUCCAUACAAAUACCCAAGAAAGGUGGAAUUUGUCCAGGAGUUGCCAAAAACCCAGACGGGGAAGAUCCGACGGAAUGAAUUAAGAGACCAAGAAUGGGGUCGAGUUUAAAUCCACAGAAAGCGUGCUUUAUCUCAACAGUUUUCAGUAGAUGUCAUUCAGAUCUGUUACUGUUGAAGUGACCUGUUCUUUGGCUGGGCUUUGAGUAUUUCUGCUGAAACCUACAGAUGUCAUACAUUAAAAGCAGUCUUCCUUGAAACCAUG